AUGAACGCCGGCCAUUGCUGUAUGAGAGUUCCACACGGGUUGCUGUCGUUGCGCUCAGAACGCACCAGACACGAACUCAACCCAAAACAUGAAGGGAUAUCCCUUCCAUCUGUGAAGCUGUCAAACGAAAUCAACUUCUGCAUUCUCCGCUCCGACAAGGACUGUACCGUGUACGACGCGACAACAACACUAGGAAAUUCACCACGUUUGGUGAAGUCUGUAUUUGCCGUCGUAGGAAAGUUGACCGGGUACAUGGUGUUCGUGGGGCUCGCGGGUGUGGUCUCACUAACCGGGUUCGCACAUUUCUCACACUCGGAAAGUCGCCGUCUUGGCAUGCCCAAGGAAAGUCUCAAUGAGGGCAUUCCCCAGUAA